CAUUCAGGUAGAGAUUGAUGGUGUUUGGAAUCGCGAGUCGUGGUGGCUGCCUUGUUGUAGGACUCUUGGUGUCUUCCUUUAAGCCGCACAGGUGCCUACGGGUGCUUGCACUUACCGUUUUAUCCUGCUAUACAGCGUUUUGAGACUAUGUAAGAGAGAACAAUUGUCCCCAAUGCAGAUCAUGGAUAAAUGAAUAGUUUAUUUAGAGAUUGUUCCCAGGAUGAUCCCUACUCGUGCACAUGGGAGAUGCAAUGCUCCAAGUUACAGCCGUUGCUUUCUGGACAACCAUAGCGUCUGGCAGUGUUCAAUUUCUGUUGGAUUAUUCAAUAUCAAUGCUGCGAUCCACCUUUCACGGAGCCGAGAUGCAUUUUGUUGCACCGCCCCGCGCUUCUCGCAGGACGAAUAUCAUUAUAGACCAUAAAAUUGCACAGUGUCUCUGCAGAUCUGAUCCACCAGACACCCGAGUAGUUUACUAAACCUGUGCAGGAUCAGCGAACCUCAUGCAGAACUUUGACUGUGUCAAGGGUCUUGAUUCCAGUCUGAGGCUUGGGAAUUCGCGCCAACGUCUGCCAUGAUAGUAUCGACGUUCGACCCUGUGCACGUCGGUUAGGCCAUCAGUGCACGAGAAUAAUUGGGGAGGCAUGCAAACAUUACGAUGAGCAUUAUUAAAGCAGGAAAUGACACGCAAGCAACUAUAUUUUCCGGGUGAA